AUUUGAUAUAAUACAGGGAAGAAUGUUAUGUGUAGUGAUGUUAUUCUCAAACAAUAUUUUUAAUAACUUUAACGCCAAUAAGGGUCGAGUGUUUGUUUCACUUAUAGAUAUUAUAAGUCAUAAAUAUGUCCUCUUUUCACAGUCCAGUGCAUAAUAUGAUAGACUCUUCUUCGCUCUUUCACUGACUCUUCAAAUCUUUAUUCACUGAUAUUAUUAUUACGGCCGAGAAAUGUAUAAUAAUAUAAUGGAUUCGUACUUCUGGUGAAUAACAAACACCAGUCCAUAAUAUAUAUAGUGAAUGUCAGUUGCUUUUAGGGCUGACAUUACUUUUAACAGAAUCUAGUGAACAGAAUAUAUUGUAUAAAAUAUAUUAGUGGGUUUGGAGAGUCGGAAGGGGCCACUCGUUAACAGUUAACCUGUGCUAACCUCAUCGCUCACAACCGACUAACACACACUAACAGAUCAAUCAAAUCAAUUAUAAUAAAGUGCUGUAUUAUUGGCGCACAAACCCAUGUCUAGUGCCGAUAGAAAACGCAAUUCUAUGCGAAAGAGGCAAACAAUGGGCAAAGAGAAGGACAGAGGGAAGUGUUGGUGUUGUCGAAGACUUCUUGCCUUUCUAUUCUCGCACAUAGGGCUCGGAUUCUUAGUCUUUGCCUACAGUCUGGUCGGAGCCUUCAUUUUUCGUCACUUCGAAGAGCCCUAUGAAAAAGGAAAGGCAUUGGAAGUGUUUUCAAUACGAAACACAACUGUCCACAAGCUAUGGACCAAAACACUGGAACUGAAUGUACUUUACAAAGAGAACUGGACAUCAAUGGCAUCGAUAGAAAUUGAAAAAUUCCAACAAAACCUCAUUCAAGCCGUGAGAGAAGGAUAUGACGGCAAACAAACGACGGGAACUUCCAAUCAUAACCAGUGGUCACUAUUCGGGUCAUGGAUUUAUAGCGUCACUGUUAUCACAACUAUCGAUCCUAUACUCCAGUUCUACACAGUAUUCCGUAUAUAUUCUGUAUUUAUACACACACACUAUGCCAUCCAAAGUGCCUUAUGUGUGACUGCCGUGGAUAUGGUGGUGGAUAUGGGUGUGAAAUCAUCAAAUCAGAUACUGUUUGAUAUACUCUAA